UCUGAGGCUCCCCCUGCCUCUCGGGCACUGCAAUCGGCACCUAGAGGUACGCGGUAUACCGCAGCCAGCUCGUUCUACCUACUCGGAACCCAGUUUGGACGACGCCCGCCCAGCAUCCAGCAGUGCCCGGGUCUGCACCACACUGCUCUCCCGCUCCUCGCAGCAUCCGCAUCUCCCCGCCACCGCGCUCUCGCGGCCCCAAGGACGCCCCACGUGAGGCCGGGCGGCACGAGGGUCCCAGGUAGCCUAUGGACGCGCCCAGAUAACGCAGGUUGGGGGCGCUCGCGCCCCCCAUUCUCCCCAGCAUGGUCCGGCCGCCGCCCCUUGGAGAGCUGCCUCCCAGCUACACACCUCCGUCCGCAGCGCCACAGAUCCUAGCUGUGAGCCUGAAGGCUCCUCUCUGGCUUCGUGCUUACUUCCAGGGCCUGCUCUUCUCUCUGGGCUGCAGGAUCCAGAGACACUGUGGCAAAGUGCUCUUCCUGGGACUGUUGGCCUUUGGGGCUCUGGCACUGGGUCUCCGCGUGGCCAUUAUUGAGACAGACCUGGAACAGCUCUGGGUAGAAGUAGACAGCCGGGUGAGCCAGGAACUGCAUUACACCAAAGAGAAGCUGGGGGAAGAGGCUGCAUACACCUCCCAGAUGCUGAUUCAGACUGCACGGCAGGAAGGGGAAAACAUCCUCACAUCUGAGGCACUUGGCCUUCACCUCCAGGCUGCCCUCACUGCUAGUAAAGUGCAAGUAUCACUCUACGGAAAGUCUUGGGAUUUGAACAAAAUCUGUUACAAGUCAGGAGUUCCCAUUAUUGAAAAUGGAAUGAUUGAGCGGAUGAUUGAGAAGCUGUUUCCGUGUGUGAUCCUUACCCCGCUUGACUGCUUCUGGGAGGGAGCCAAACUCCAAGGAGGCUCUGCCUACUUGCCGGGUCGCCCUGACAUCCAGUGGACCAAUCUGGAUCCCCAGCAGCUGCUAGAGGAGCUGGGCCCUUUUGCCUCACUGGAGAGCUUCCGGGAGCUGCUAGACAAGGCACAGGUGGGCCAGGCCUAUGUGGGGCGGCCCUGUCUAGACCCUGAUGACCAGCACUGCCCACCAAGUGCCCCUAACCAUCACAGCAGGCAGGCUCCCAAUGUGGCUCAGGAGCUGAGUGGGGGCUGCCAUGGCUUCUCCCAUAAAUUCAUGCACUGGCAGGAGGAAUUGCUACUGGGAGGCGUGGCCAGAGACCUCCAAGGACAGCUCCUGAAGGCAGAGGCCUUGCAGAGUACCUUCCUGCUGAUGAGUCCCCGUCAGCUGUAUGAGCACUUCCGGGGUGACUACCAGACACAUGACAUUGGCUGGAGUGAGGAGCAGGCCAGCACAGUGCUGCAGGCCUGGCAGCGGCGUUUCGUGCAGCUAGCCCAGGAGGCCUUGCCUGCCAAUGCAUCUCAGCAGAUAUAUGCCUUCUCCUCCACCACCCUGGAUGACAUCCUACAGGCAUUCUCUGAAGUCAGCACCUCCCGUGUGGUAGGAGGCUAUCUACUCAUGCUGGCCUAUGCUUGUGUAACAAUGCUACGGUGGGACUGUGCCCAGUCCCAGGGUGCCGUGGGUCUUGCUGGGGUAUUGCUGGUGGCCCUGGCUGUGGCCUCGGGCCUUGGGCUCUGUGCCCUGCUCGGCAUCACUUUCAAUGCUGCUACUACUCAGGUGCUGCCCUUCUUGGCUCUGGGCAUUGGCGUGGAUGACAUAUUCCUGCUGGCACAUGCCUUUAUAAAGGCCCCACCUGACACCCCUCUCCAGGAGCGCAUGGGUGAGUGUUUGAGGCGCACAGGCACCAGUGUCACACUCACGUCCAUCAACAACAUGGUUGCCUUCUUCAUGGCUGCCCUAGUUCCCAUCCCUGCGCUGCGGGCCUUCUCUCUGCAGGCAGCCAUAGUGGUUGGCUGCAACUUUGCAGCCGUGAUGCUUGUCUUUCCGGCCGUCCUUAGCCUGGACCUGUGCCGGCGCCACAGCCGACGCCUUGAUGUGCUCUGCUGCUUCUCUAGCCCCUGCUCUGCUCGAGUGAUUCAGAUUCUGCCCCAGGAGCUGGAGGACAGGACAGUACCAGUGGGCAUUGCCCACCUAACCACCACAGUACAAGCUUUUGCCCACUGUGAAGCCAGCAGCCAGCAUGUGGUCACCAUUCUACCUCCCCAAACCCACCUGGUGUCCCCACCUUCUGACCCACUAGGCUCUGAACUCUACAGUCCUGGAGGAUCCACACGGGACCUUCUAGGUCAAGAAGGGGCAAGGCAAAAGGCAGCCUGUGAGUCCCUACUCUGCACCCACUGGAAUCUUGCCCAUUUUGCCCGUUAUCAGUUUGCACCCUUGCUGCUCCAGACACAAGCCAAGGCCCUGGUGUUGGUGUUCUUUGGGGCGCUUUUGGGCCUGAGCCUCUACGGAGCCACCUUGGUACAAGAUGGGCUGGCCCUGACAGAUGUGGUGCCUCGGGGCACCAAAGAACAUGCCUUCCUGAGCGCCCAGCUCAGGUACUUCUCCCUGUAUGAGGUGGCCCUGGUGACCCAAGGUGGCUUUGACUACACCCACUCCCAACGUGCCCUCUUUGAUCUGCACCAGCGUUUCAGUUCCCUCAAGGCUGUGCUGCCCCCACCUGCCACCCAGGCGCCUCGUACCUGGCUGCACUAUUACCGUAACUGGCUACAAGGUAUCCAGGCAGCAUUUGACCAGGAUUGGGCCUCUGGGCGCAUUACCCACCACUCUUACCGCAAUGGCUCUGAGGAUGGUGCCCUGGCCUACAAACUGCUCAUCCAAACCGGGAAUACCCAGGAGCCUCUGGAUUUCAGCCAGCUGACCACAAGGAAACUGGUGGACAAGGAGGGACUGAUCCCACCAGAGCUCUUCUACAUGGGGCUAACUGUGUGGGUGAGCAGUGACCCCCUGGGCCUAGCAGCCUCUCAGGCCAACUUCUACCCUCCACCUCCUGAAUGGCUGCACGACAAAUACGAUACCACCGGGGAGAACCUCCGCAUCCCAGCAGCCCAGCCCCUGGAGUUUGCCCAGUUCCCCUUCCUGCUGCAUGGUCUCCAGAAGACAGCAGACUUUGUAGAAGCCAUCGAAGGGGCCCGGGCAGCAUGCACAGAGGCAGGCCAGGCAGGGGUGCGUGCCUACCCCAGUGGCUCCCCUUUCCUCUUCUGGGAACAGUAUCUGGGUCUGCGGCGCUGCUUCCUGUUGGCUGUCUGCAUCUUGCUGGUAUGCACCUUCCUCGUCUGUGCUCUGUUGCUACUCCAUCCAUGGACAGCUGGCCUCAUAGUGCUGGUCCUGGCGAUGAUGACCAUGGAGCUUUUCGGUAUCAUGGGAUUCCUGGGCAUCAAACUGAGUGCCAUUCCGGUGGUGAUCCUUGUGGCCUCUAUAGGCAUUGGUGUUGAAUUUACAGUUCACGUGGCUCUGGGCUUCCUGACCACCCAAGGUAGCCGGAACCUGCGUGCUGCUCAGGCUCUAGAGCACACAUUUGCCCCGGUGACUGAUGGGGCCGUCUCCACGUUGCUGGGUCUGCUCAUGCUUGCUGGUUCUAAUUUUGACUUCAUCAUAAGGUACUUCUUCAUGAUUCUGACUGUGCUCACGCUCUUGGGCCUCCUCCAUGGACUCGUGCUGCUGCCUGUGCUGCUGUCCAUCCUGGGCCCCCCACCACAGGUGGUACAGACAUAUGAGGAGAGCUCACAGGUCCCGAGUUCUGCUGCUCCACAGGGAGGCGGGCUUAGGUGGGGCAUGUCCUCCAACCUGCCCCAGCACUUUGCCAGAGUGACUACUUCCAUGACUGUGGCCCUCCACCCACCCCCACUACCUGGAGCCUACGUCUACCCAGCCUCUGAUGAGCCCACGUGGUCCCCAGCUGCCAACAACUCUACUGGCUCUGGUUCUAGGGGACUUGGUCCAGCCUCUGAAUGAAAGCGUAGCUGAAGCACAGAGACUGCUUAAGACAUACAAGUCACUGGGAAGAAAUGGGUGCCGUAUGGAAUGUAGGGUGAACCCCUGGAGGGCUCUGCUACCGUUGUCUGCAUCCCCUCUCCCUGACUCAGCCACCACAGACCUACACAGAAUAGCUGGUCCUUGGGGGAGCAUCCUAGCACAUGGGGGCCCAUGUGUGCCCAUGUCUGUGUCCCAGUGCGGGUGGAAGAUGGCAUACUGGCUGCAGUUCAGCUCUGUCCCCUUCUGCCCCACACUGCCACCUACCAGCAAACCAAGCCCGAGGGUCCUCAGCACAUUUUCCCUGUCCUGGCCCUUCUGGGCCUUGUAUACCCUUGCCCUCUUCCUACCAUAUAAAUUAUUUAUAUGAAGAUGUUUAUUUUUGUAUAUAUAGAGGUUAGCUCUGCAGAAAGUUUUAUUUUUAAAGAGUCAAAUAUAUUCUAUAUGAAC